CGUGUCUUAACUCCAGACCAUUAAGUCCAAUGAGUGACAAUCCCAAUGAAUUAAGCGCUUUAACACCCGGCCAUUUUCUUAUUGGCGCCCCUCUGCUCUCACCCCCGGAACCAGACUUUUCUAGUCGAUCACUUAGCUACGCCAACAGAUGGCAAAAAUUAAAUGUACUCCACCAUCAUUUCGCAUGCAGAUGGAAAGAAGAGUCUUUAAAAGAAUUACAUAAACGCAUAAAAUGGAAACACCCCCAAAGAAACUUUGCUGUUGGUGACCUCGUUGCAAUAAAGAAAGAUCAUCUUCCCCCAAAUGAAUGGCGUCUUGGUCGUAUAAAAAAAGUUUCCCCUGGUCAAGACAAUAAAGUCAGAGUGGCAGAAAUUAUCACCGCAACUGGUCCUAUAACAAGGCCAAUUCACUAUGGCUCCACAACACCGUCAAAGACGUAAUUUAAUUGAAAGAAGAACUUUGUCUCCCAUAACAGAAAGACGAAGAUAUCAACGUCAUCAACCAGACUGCCGCUUGUGUAAAAGAGACCAUCCUUUGCGUACUUGCUAUAAAUUUAACAACAUGAAUAUAACCAACAAACUAAAGAUCGUCAAACAAUAUAAAUACUGUCAAAACUGUCUGGCACACAGUCACGUCCUGGCAAUAUGUCGUAGCUCAGAAAGAUGUCACAAGUGUCACCAAAAACACCAUACUCUCUUACAUUACCAUGCACUUGUCAGGCCAACACGGAUCAUUAGUACUAAUCCAGAGGGUAAUCUGCUCCAGUCAACAGUUUUGCGGCCAACUGUAAUAGUAAAAAUCAAGCUCGGUGGCGAGUGGCGUGAUGUACGUAGCAUUAUAAAUCCAUCACUUGAAACUAGCCAAAUCGCUGAAUUCCUAACAACCCGUUAUCAUCUCCCGCUUGAAAGGUCAAGCUCUCGCCGCAGUUGCAAGAUCACCUUUAAACCACACUUCGUCAAUAGACCGGUGGUCGUUGUUAAUGUUUUAGUAACGAAAGAGUUACCACAAUUUCCAAGGCCGAUGGAGUUAGAUGCAUCAGUUGCUGAGCCCUACAAAAAUCUGCAUCUAGCGGAUCCUAGAUUUUACAUCUCUUCAGAGGUCAACCUGAUUCUCGGCGCUGACGUCUACCCACAUAUCAUUAAGUCGGAAAUUCGUCCACCCACACUCACCUCACCGAUGGCCCAGGAUACUGUAUUAGGCUGGAUCCUAAUAGGAAAAGUUCGCCGUUCAUGAGUUACAUGUAUAUAAUACAUAAAAAAUUGUUAUUAAAAUUUUGAA